AUGAACUCGCGGCUCUCGGCGCUCAACAAGCUGCUCGUGGAGGAGAACGAGCUCUCCACGCGCAAGAUCUCGCAGCUCACGCUCGAAAACAUGCUCCUGCGACAGCAGGUCGCACGCCUGGAAGCGUCGCAGCAGCUCGGCGGACCGUCGCCGGGGUCUGUAGCUGCAGCCGCCGCCGCUGCUGCUGCGGCUGCGGCUGCUGCGGAUCCGAUGAAGCUCCCCGGCGCUGCUGCUGCCGCUGCUGCUGCUGCGGGAGGGCCCGUGCCCGGCAUUCCCACUGCUGUAAGCGUUCGUUCCAGCUGUUUUCGAAGCCGCACUUUUGCCACGAAAACCGCUCCAUGGCUGCCCUCCCUUGCUCAGCUCUUCCGCGUUCUCCCCUCAUACCUGCUCUUAACCCGAAACUACCCCCACCCAACUCCCCGCCCCCCUCGCCUUGCUCUCUCAAUCCCCAGCUCGUUUGAUUCCCCCCUUCCUUUAUCUCAUCCUUCCCUCACCUUCCUGCCUUUCCCCCCACCCACCCCUUGGCAUCAGGCGGUUCACCCCCCAGGAAUGCACCCAGGCCUGCCCCUGGGCCCGCCAGACAUCCCGGUUCUUCCCCCGGGAAUGCACCCCGGCCUACCGCUGGGUCAGCCAGACAUCUUUUCCCAGCUACGAGCAGCUGCGCUAGGAGGGUUGGGAGGUGUGGGAGGAGUGGGAGGGGUAGGAGGGGUAGGAGGGGAGUUUGGCGGAGGGGCAGCGGCUUUAGACGUGCUGAAGCAGCGGCAACUGGGAGCGGCACAGCAGCAGCAGCAGCAACAACAGCAACAGCAACAGCAACAGCAGCAGCAGCAACAGCAACAGCAACAGCAACAGCAGACACAGCAAGCAGAGCAGCAGCAGCAGCAGCAGUUGCUCCCAAGGCUGGGGUUUGUAGGCACCAAUCUGACAUCAGACUCUGCAGUCACCGGCUCCAAUCCUGCUGGCGACCCUGGCGCCUCUGGCCUGCUGCCCAUAGCGGAGCAGAUCCUGUCGGAGUUCCUGGCCAAGGCCACUGGCACGUCCAUGGACUUCGUCGAGAUGCCGGGCGUCAAGGUCGGAGCCGGCUACAUAGGCAAGGUCACCAUCGCAUGUGGAGGGCCCGGUGUUGCAGCUCGGGCGGCUGGCCUCGUCCUGCUGCCGCCCAGCAAGGCAGCAGAGCUGCUAAAGGACCGAGUGGCGUGGCUGAGGGAGUGCCGCCGCUGCGACGUGCUGGGGGGCUUCCGCACGCCCAAUGGGGGCACUGUUGAGCUCGUCUACACCCAGAUGUACGCUCCAACCACGUUGGCCCCUCCGCGUGACCUCUGCACUUUACGCUACACCUCUCUUCUAGAAGACGGCGUGGUCAUCUGCGAGCGGUCGCUCAGCAACGCGCACGGGGGCGCGUCCAUGCCGGCUGUGCCGUCGUUCGUGCGAGCCGAGAUGCUCCCCAGCGGCUACCUCAUCCGCCAGUGCGACGGGGGAGGCUCCGUCAUCAUUGCUGUUGACCACCUCGACCUGCAGGCGUCCAGUGUACCAGAGGUGCUGCGGCCGCUGUACCAGUCGUCAGCAGCGCUGGCACACCGAAUGACCAUAGAGGCCCUGCGCUACCUGCGCAAGGUGGCCAACGAGGGGUCGGGAGGGGGCGGUGGUGAGGCCACCAGCGGGGAGGGCGGGGCGGCGGGCAGCAGGGCUGAGUCGGGGCGGCCGCAGGACCGGCAGCUGACAGCGUGGCGCGCGAUCGCAGAGCGCAUCGCCAUCCUACCAAUCCGCCUUUCUCCCCCCUCCCCGCUUCCUCUUCUUAUGCAGGGGAUUCAACGAGGCAGUGAAUGGGUUUACAGACGAUGGGUGGGAGCAGAUGCCUGGGGAUUCAACGAGGCGGUGAAUGGGUUCACAGACGACGGGUGGGAGCAGAUGCAAGGAGACGGCAUGGAUGACGUCACCCUUGCUGCCAGAGCCACGGGCGCCGGGGGGAAGGCCGCAGGGGGGAUGGGGGGAGGGGGAGAUGCGCCUGGGCCUGUGGGCGGGGGAGUGCUGUGCGCCAAGGCAUCCAUGCUGCUGCAGGUUGAACGUGUCCCCGGUGCUCCUGCGCAAAACGUCUCCCCAGUGCUGCUGAUCAAGUUCCUGCGUCACCAUCGCUCCGAGUGGGCAGACGGCACGAUAGACGCCGACUCAGCAGCAGCCGUGCAGGCGACCAUGGGUGCCCGCGCUGCUGCUGCCGGCGCCGGCAAAGUGCCUCUGCCACUCGCCUAUGCUGUUGACCAGGAGGAGUUUCUCGAGCUCGUGAAGCUCGAGCCAGCUGCUGCCACACGAGGGAUGGCAGGAGCGAGAGAAACGUUUCUGCUGCAGCUCUGCAGCGGCAUCGAGGACGACAGCACGUCAGGCUCCAUGUCAGCAUCAUCCGCCACGUCAGCGCCGCCGCACAGUGCGACAGCUCAGCUGGUCUUUGCCCCCGUGGAUGCAGCUUCCACGGCUGACACCGUUCCGCUGCUGCCAUCUGGCUUCCGAGUCAUCCCGCUCUCACUGCCACCCUCCCAGGACGGGCAAACGCUAGACCUGGCAGCAUCAUUAGACAAGCAGUCGCAGCCGUCCCAGCAGCAGCAGCUGCGAUCAGUGCUCACCAUCGCCUUCCAGUUCGUGUUUGACUGCCCGGCAGCCAAGGAGGGGGUGGCCAACACUGCCAGGCAGUAUGUGCGGUCAGUGGUGGGGGCCAUUCAGCGCAUCUCCAUGAGCCUUUCCCCCCCGCAGCAGCAGCAGCAGCCGCUGCAGAUGAUGCAGCAGAUGCAGCAACAGCAGCAGCAACAGCAGCAACAACAGCAGCAACAACAGCAGCAACAACAGCAACAGCAACAGCAACAGCAGCAGCAACAGCAGCAGCAGCAGCAACAGCAGAUGCAGCAACUGCUGCAGCAGCAGCAACAGCAACAGCAGCAGCAGAUGAUGAUGAUGAUGCAGCUGGGAAAUCUCGGCCUGCCCGGGCUUUCAACCGGCGGGCAGGGAGCAACAGGAAUGGGGAGUCAAGGAGCGGGUUCAAGCCUGGGGCUGAAUUCAAACCCAGCUGCUGCUGCUGCCGCUGCGGCUGCUGCAGCAGCAGGUACGAACAGUGGGGCCCUAGGGUUCCCUGGUGCUUCCCUUGCUGGUCUCAACAUCCCCGGUCUCGGGGGGCUUUAUUCCAAUACCCCCGGAUUUGGAGGGUUACAAUCCAACACGCCCUCCGGUCUCAACGCCUCUGGUCUAAACACAUCGGGAUUCCCAGGAGGCUUUCCUGCAGGGAUGAAUGCAGCAUUGCUUGCAGGACCCUCCUCCUCCUCUGCUGCCCCCACCACCACUGCUGCCACCGCCGCCGCUGCUGCUGGUGCCACGGGUGCUGCAGCGUUUUCGGCCUUGGCAUCUGGCCUCGGUAUUGGUUCUUUUGGCAACAUGAACGGGCAAGGAGUGGGCGGUUUGAACGGGCAGGGAGGCCUGAUGAAUCAAGGAGUGCUGGGGGGGUUAGGAAUGGGAGUGGGAUCUCUUGAUCCCAAUCGCUCCCCACCUGUCCCUCUCCCCUCUACUGCUGCUGCUGUCGCUACAGCCUCUGCCGCCCGAUCUCCCAGUGGUGCUGUAGCAGCCCUGGCGGGAGGUGCGGGGGAUGUUUCCGGACCUAGCCGCGUGGUUGGGGACGGCUCCGGGCCUAACCGUCUGGGUGGGGAGGGUUCGGCUGCAUUGGGGGUGAUAGGCAUGGGAAUGGGGAUCGGGGGAGGGUUGGGAGAGGUGAAAGGGGGAGGAAUGGGGGGAGGGGGGCCAGGAGCGGGAGGAGGGGUUGGGGAGAAUGGGAGAGGUGGCCGUGGGGUUGGACUGUCCGCUGCAGCAGAAACAGUCUGCUCCUACAUCCAUCAUUUCUCCACACUUCCCCCCUCCCCCCCCCCCUCCCCUUUCCUCCGUCCCUCUCCCCCCCCGUCCUCCCUCUCCCCCCCCGUCCUCCCUCUCCCCCCCCGUCCUCCCUCUCCCCCCCCCUCCUCCCUCUCCCCUUGUCCUUCCCUUCCCCACCAUGGCAGGGUGGCAGUGGGGUCACACCUGUCGCCAGCAGCAGGGGCAGCGCUAGCAGGGGGGGACUUAACCUCGCCUCAGUUAUCCUUCUCACUCCACUUCUCACUUGCCCCACCUCGCCUGCGCUUCCCUCAACCAUAUUCUGAUAGCCUCCUAACCUGCCCUUCUCCCAUCCCUGCCUUUUCCCAUCCCUGCCCCUUCCCAUCCCUGCCUUUCCCAUACCUGCCGCUUCCCAUGCCUCCCCGUUGGUCCGCCCACAGGCAUCGCCAGAGCUGCUCCUAG